GUCUUUUAACGGAACCCCACCCCUCACCAAACGGCCACGGCUAUAAGCCUAUAAACCCUCCUUCCAUUGACACGCCUUUUACCUUUUUUCCCCGUCUCUGCUGACUGCUUCUGAAUUAAGAAACUCCGGUGGCCGACACAUUUCCUCCGCGCUCUUCAUGAUGCCGGCAAUGGAAUUGGAUUCGGAGGCGUUUGUGGAGGUGGAUCCGAGUGGAAGGUACGGACGCUACAGUGAGCUACUCGGUUCAGGCGCAGUGAAGAGAGUUUACAGAGCGUUUGACCAGGAGGAAGGGAUCGAGGUGGCUUGGAAUCAAGUAAAAUUGAGGAACUUUUGCCAUGAUCAAUCCAUGAUGGAACGGCUUUACUCCGAGGUGAAGCUAUUAACGUCGUUGAAGAACAACAACAUAAUUACUCUGUUCCGGGAAUGGAGAGACACGGAACGGAACACCUUAAACUUCAUCACCGAAGUUUGUACCUCCGGCAACCUCAGAGAUUACCGGAAGAAGCAUAAACAGGUUUCGAUGCAGGCUUUGAAGAAGUGGUCAUGGCAGAUAUUGAAAGGCUUGGAUUAUCUACACAGGCAUGAACCAUGUAUCAUUCACAGAGAUCUCAAUUGCAGCAACGUCUUCAUCAAUGGCAAUAUCGGCCAGGUGAAAAUUGGCGAUUUGGGUUUGGCUGCAAUAGUUGGUAAGAGCCAUUGUGCACAUUCAAUACUGGGGACACCUGAAUUCAUGGCUCCUGAGCUGUACGAGGAGGAUUACACGGAGCUGGUGGAUAUAUAUUCUUUUGGCAUGUGUUUGCUUGAGAUGGUGACUCUUGAACUGCCUUACAGCGAAUGUGAUAAUAUUGCCAGAAUUUACAAGAAGGUUACAUCUGGAAUAAGGCCAGACGCCAUGAACAAGCUAAAAGAUCAGGAGGUGAAGGCCUUUAUUGAGAAGUGCUUGGCUCAUCCAAGGGAUAGGCCUUCUGCUGCCGACCUCCUCCAUGAUUCCUUCUUCCAUGGUAUUUCUCAUGAUGACGAUGACGAAAACUGAAACCGGCUUGCUUCUUGCACAAGUCAGACUCACAUGGUAAUGCCGUGUUGAAUGUUUACAAUAUUUUUGCCAUGUUGAAUGUUUGUAAUUCUUUUAGUGUGUUGUUCCGGUGAGGUGGGCUUUGAUUGUUUUUCUAAAGUUUGUAAGGCUGGACGGAGUGGGUGCGGGAAAGGGGUGAGGGAAGCUUCCCUCACUCCUGCACAGCACUCCGUGGGUGAGGGAAAGGUGAGGGAAAAAAGCUGCGGAAAGAGAUGGGGGAUGGGUUACCACACUCUCUCCCUUCAUGCUAUUGGUCAGGUUUUUUUUUUCUUUUUAUCUUCUUUAAUAUUUAUAAAAUUUUAUACCAACUAAAAAAAUAUAAAAAAUAUAUCAAAACUCAUGUUUUUAAUUCCCUACAAAAUGAGUAUAAUAUAUGUAUGAAAUAUAUUUAAAAAAAAAAUGAGGGAAGGGCUUCCCACCCAUUCCUUGGCUUUUAAGUGAGGCAAAAGAAAAGUGAGGGAAAGGAGGGUAUGACCCACAAAAAGUGAGGGAAACUUCCCUCCCACACCCUCCGGUCUAAAUUGUAAUAGGAUUUGGUAGGGAGUUGUUUCCUGGUGGUGAGAACAAUAUUUAAUUAUUUGUACAUAGAUGG